AUGGCUAUGAGAAACCAGAGUACAUUGAGUGAAUUCACAUUGGUCUCCCUUCCUGUCAUCCAGGAGCUUCAAGUCUUGCUGUUUGUCAUUCUCCUGCUGGUUUAUAUGCUCAUCAUAACAGGAAACAUUGUCAUCAUUUCCUUAAUAUGGACUGAUAAUCGUCUCCAGACACCAAUGUAUUUCUUCCUUAGUAAUUUGUCAUUUUUGGACAUUUUGUUCACAACUACUAUUGCCCCAAAGUUGCUAGCUUGUCUCUUAGAAAAGAAGAAAACCAUAUCCUUUGCUGGCUGCAUCACUCAAGUUUAUUUCUACUUCUUUCUGGGGACAGUGGAGUUUAUCCUCUUAGCGGUGAUGUCCUUUGACCGCUAUGUAGCCAUCUGUAACCCCCUGCGCUAUACCAUCAUCAUGAACAGGAGGGUCUGUCUCCUGCUGGUUCUGGGCUGCUGGGCGGGAGCCUUUCUCUCAGUGCUAUGCCCAAUUAUUGUGGUGUCCAGAUUGCCCUACUGUCAUAGAGAAAUUAGUCAUUUCUUCUGUGACAUUGCCCCUUUACUGCAGGUGGCCUGCAUUGAUACCCACUUCAUUGAGAUGAUAAACUUCCUCUUAUCUUCCCUAGUGAUCCUGAGUUCACUGGUGCUCACCACCACAUCCUACACCUACAUCAUUUCUACCAUCAUGCGCAUCCCCUCAGCCCAAGGACGUCAGAAGGCCUUUUCCACCUGUGCUUCUCACAUCACGGUCGUCUCCAUUGCCUAUGGAAGCUCCAUCUUCACGUACGUGAGGCCCAACCAGAGCCAUUCACUGGAUUUUGAUAAAGUGACAGCUGUCCUCACUACAGUGGUGACCCCUCUUCUGAAUCCUUUCAUUUAUAGCUUGAGGAAUGAAAAGGUAAAGGAAGUCUUGAAAGAGUCAGUUAGCAGGAUAGUUCCACCACAUUCCAAGGGAACAUAA